CACAGAAAAAAUUAAAACAUCAGCAUGGAGAACACAACGGCGCAGGAAAAUACAACUCAAACAAACCAAGAAUGUACGGAACUUAUAGUAGCGCUCUACAUUUACCAAGGAAUGGCUUUAUAUGCGAUCGUGGCCACAAUUAUUAUAACCUUUGUCGAAAAAAGACGAUGUAAAGCAGAGGUUUGCCAUGGUAGACCAGGACUUCCACUACCAAUAAAUUUCCUUGAUGGCACCACAAAUUCGAUCGCCAAUGCUGCAGCUUUUGGAUGCAUGCUGCAACACCUAUUUAUUCUUAUUUUCUUUGGAAGCAGCUUCUACGCAGCUACGAAAUGGUUGAUGGCACCUAUAUUUUUUCUUGCCUGCUUUUUGAUGUCUAUGGUAUAUUACCCUAUAUUUGCUUGCUUGAAUUCAUCGUCUCGACUGGUCGGAUCUAUCAUUGGAUUUCUGUAUACCUUAUUUUUGUUUUUGGUUGUUUUUGGUCAAAAUUACCUCUGUAACAAUGCAGGCUGGGUAUGGGCUAUCUACGGCAUUGUUUUUAUUUCUGAAAUAUAUCUACUGAUGCUUUUCAUUUACCGAAUUGUAACUGCACUGUGCAAGAAAUCCACAAAUUUGAAGGAACCUCUAGUGAAGAUUGACCAGUUGAUGCACGUCAAAGAUCUACUUCAGAAACCCAAAAACGGUGCCGAAGAAAUAAAGAUAAAGGAGAGGAUAAUUAAGCAUGCAGAUGCUGUUGUGGCUGAAGCUAAGCUUUGCUGUCUUCAUAAAAGUCUAUACAGAUGCACCACCAGAACACUUGCCAUCAACACCAUAGUCCUGCUUGUUUUCUAUUAUGAAUUUCUCUUGACCAUAUAUGCAAUCAACCUUUUUGGACAAAUAUAUGACCAUCUUGCUUCAAACAAAUACAUGUACAUAUCCUUGAUUGGGAUAAAAAUUCCAGAGUCAGCACUUCGCUAUUUACAGACUGCAAUACAAGUCAUCAGAGUCUCCCUUAUCAUCACCAAUAUCCUAUCAGCUGUUUAUCUAAUCGCAAAUAUGGUCCUCAUCUAUCGUUCUCAGAGACAACAUAUCAUUCAGAUAUGGAGAGGAGACAGGUCUUUCAUUCCCAAAAAUUGCACUCAAACACAUAGUGACAUGCUGGUGAAAAAUUUGAUGUACGCAGGAAACCAAGUUUCUCAUCUUCUUGGAGGUUAUUUAAUUUCACAGAUAGUUGUGUUCCUUGUCUGUGUUGUCGUGGCGUAUUGUGUUGUUUUACCUCUCAUGAAAGAGAUUCCUGAUUUUUUUCUAUCACCAUUGGAGGCUAUAUUACCUGGAGUGGUAUUCAUGUUCAUUUUCCGAGUUGUACUUCGAAUCAUCAGUCGUAAAGCUUUCCUACAAAAUCAUUACAUCAGUUCCGACAACGGGGAACACUGGGAGAAAGUACUGGCUUUAGAUAAUAGGCGGGUGUACCAGAAUCUGUCCUAUUUCCUGUUUUUCUACUAUAUACUGAUUGGUUUAUUCAGAUGUGUGUACCGGGUAUUAGUGUCCAUGUGUUUAGGAAUAUUAAACAUAGCACGUAUGGAUAGAUCCUUGUUGUUUCCUGGAUAUGAACAUUUUGAUAUCAGUUAUAUGACAUAUCUUGGGUUUCUGGAGGUUGAACUUCACCACUGUCACCCAGUCGUUGUUGUCUUCUGUGACCAAUUGAUCAAAACUGUGAAAAUUAUCUCUACUAAAUCUGUGCAGAGCCUUAAUUCCUCGGAUGAUCUUGUUUAUGAAAACAGGAUUUGUGGUCUCUCCAGUGUUUACACACGAAAAGUAAGGAAUAGGUGGCAAAAGAUGAAAACCAUAAUCUGUAACCAGUCUCUUUGCAAAGCUUCGAAAACAAACAUUUCUUUUGAGCAUCCUAUUACUGCAAAGAAAACUUUGGUGGGAUCCACAAUUAUUUAAUCUCUAGGUAAAGUGUAAAGUGAAAGUAAACCAAAAUUCUGGAUAAUUAUGUAGUUUUGUAGGAUAAAUCUUUGAUCUACAUAAAGAGCUCUAAAUCCAAAGUUUUUCUUGAGCCUAAUACUUAGGAUAUGAAAUAAGAAUCUCUGGAUGUUAUUCCUAGUUGUUUUUUUUUUUUUAUUAUUUCAUUAUUAAUUUUAGGAAUAGUGUACCUAUUAGAAAAAAAAUAUCCAGAUAUGUCAAAUAUACCUCUUUUAAAUAAUGAUAUACAGAAAAAUAAAGGCUAGUUCUUGUGCUUAGUUUUUUCCAACUCUAUUCUGGAUAUUAGAAUCUCCCUACAUUAAUUUUAUCACAGCGAAAGAUUUGAUUACAAUGAUGGCAAUGAAAUCUAAUAUGUCCAACUGUGAGAUAUUAAAAAUGCACUUAUCCUGUUAUAACUGUUUUAUUUUGUUGUGAUUAUGAAUAUCAAAAGUAUGUAUUCUUUCUUGUUUUUUUCUAAGAAUUAUAAAAACGCAUUUUUUACUUUUGUAUUUCUUUCUUCCAAU